CCCCCGAAAGGGGCAAAGCUACCGCAAACCCGCCGAUGGACGCCGGCAGAACGCGGGCUUGAGUUCUUUGCACGGUCGUGAAGUAUUUACACUUUCUGAGGUGGUGGUUGCCCGAUUUUGACCCAAGAAGUUGAGGAGAAAGUCGAGGUUAUCCCGCCUGGGCGCCGCUCCGGUGAAACUCCUCGGGACUGUGACCACUCUAAAAUACUAACAAACAUAUAAAUCCAGUGCAGUAGAAACCGUUCUUGGAGACCUCCCGAAAACCAGAAAGAUUUAAGUUUGAAAACAGAUUUUACCUGACGGAAAAAGCAAAAAACCAUCAAACUUUCUGGCAGCAAAUUCAGAGUGCAGAACUAAUGGAAUGGGGGUUUUGGGAGGGGAAGACCGCGCCGAAUAAAUAGACGGAUAAAUAUAAUGAUUCAAAAGUAUCGAUCGGCUGCGGGUAGGGGUCGGUGUGGGACAGUCUGAGUGAUGUUUGGUGUCAGGAGAAAGGGAUUAGAACAGUUUUAUGGGCUCCUGGUGCCGCAAGGAAUCGGAUUAGAUUUAUACUAUGAAAACAUUUAAUUUAUUCAAUUACUGCCCAGAUAAAUUUAAAAAAAUAGCCUGUAACUGGGAUUAAGGGAUAAAGAGCUCUGAUAUUUUGUGCCAAGUUGUAACAGACCUUUCUGGUCUCUGUUUUAUUAUAUAGUAAAACAGAAGUAAAAAGGAGGGAAAAAAGGGACUUGAUGCUUCAAACUUUCCUUCCCUACACAGCAAUUAAGAGCAGUCUGACGUGGUCUAAUCAGCAUUUUGCUCCCUCAGUUUAUGAUCUAUAAUCUACUCAGAUUAUACCUUGUUGAGGAUGGGAACAGUCUUUUCCGAAUGAGUAUUCCUGCUUGGCCAUGGGAGAUAUGUAAUAAUGAUUAAUAGGAGUCCCCAGGGUAGUCUGCUGGAUUGCAGUCCUACAAAGUAAUUACAGAUGCAAUUAAAACAGAGGAUGUUUUUGGCCUCUGUGCACUGGUUUUGCCCUAAAAUUGAUUGCACCUUAUACUGCAAGUAAUCCCAUUAAAGUUGAACGUGUGUGAAAUGAAUUGUAAUUCCUGGCGAGUGCUGGGGUGGAAUCAGAGCCCAGUCUGAGCUGCUGAGGACAGCUGGGUACAACUGCUGGGCAGUUGUGCAGGGCCAGCUCCAUUUGUCUUGGCCAGAGGUGAUUUGUUCUGUCUUCAGGGUUUCAUUGCCAUGAUGAGCAAAUUGCAGGAGGGUGAGUGGGUACACAGCCAGAUGUACUCCACAGACCAUUGCAGCCCCACUGACUCCCCAGGACCCAGGGUGUGUUUUGUUUGCAUCAGCCAUGCUUUGUCAGCAAUUUUAUCACCAGUUUUUUUAUUUACUGAAAUUUUAAGGCUUCACACUGAUUUUUAAAAGUAGCAUUGUGAAUUUAUUUAAAGCAGUGUCUGCAGUCUUGCUUUAAAUGCGCUUAAAAUUGUGUGGGUUUAUCUGCAGGAGAAGAACUGGCUAGCCCUUAUCUCACUUGUAUCUUCAUGCAAAGUGUUUAGUGCAGAUACCUCUGGGUAUGACAAUACAUUCCAAUGGUGUUGAGGGUGAAGCUUCAGUGUAACCUCUUUGUCCUUUUCCAUGAGUGCUGGUAGUUUUUGAGAGAUGACGUGCUGCAAGCCUGACACUGGGACAUGGAAUCAGAUUCUCUUGGGAUGACAAUGGAGAUCAUAAAAUCGUGGAAUACCCUGAGUUGGAAGGGACCCACAGGGAUCAUUGAGUCCAAGCCCUGGCACAGGACACCCCAAUAAUCCCACUCCUCUCCUCAAGCCCUCCAAUUGUGCUGCAUGGGCACAAGAGCAGGAAGAAGGAGACACAGUAGGAUGAAGAAUCAGAUUGGAGACUUGGGGGAAAAAUGACCAAUGCCAAGACAAGCUGUGCCCUGCUCUGAUUCCCAAACCCGUGAGCAAAUGGAUUGCUUUGAGAAUGGAAAGAUUUGUAAUCGAACAGACUCCCAGCAGCACAGGGAGAGCAGUGGCUGUCAGGUGGCUGAGGCUGGCAGACCUGUCAGACGUCUCCGGAGGAAGAGAAGAUUGCCUCUGGAUUCGGAGGAUGAGGAGGAAAAUGCCUAUGAGGAUGAGGAGAAGAAUAAAUCAAAUAAUAUGAAAAGCCGCAGAAACACUAAACCAAUAAAACAAGUGCUUCCUGGAAAGAAGAAGGUAUGGAACUGGUCUUCCUACCUGGAAGAGGAACAGAUGCCAGCUGCUCCCCAAAAGCUGUUCAGAGAGUAUCAGUCAUUCCCACAAGGCCGAAAUGGAUUUAAAGUUGGAAUGAAAUUGGAAGGAGUGGAUCCUGAGCACCCCUCCUGCUUCUGUGUUCUCACAGUUGCUGAGGUCCAGGGCUACAGGAUGCGGCUGCACUUUGAUGGUUACCCAGAGUGCUACGACUUCUGGGCUAAUGCUGAUUCCUCAGACAUCCACCCUGUGGGCUGGUGUGAAAAAACAAGCCAUAAGCUGCUCCCCCCUAAAGGUUUCAAGGAAGGAGAAUUUAAUUGGACUACUUAUCUGAAGAACUGCAAAGCUCAAGCAGCUCCAAAAAGCCUUUUUAAGACCCUCAGCAGUCCUGUCACACCUUCUGGGUUUCGUCUGGGAAUGAAACUGGAGGCAGUGGACAAGAAGAACCCGUCACUGGUUUGUGUGGCCACCAUCACAGACAUGGUGGAAAACCGGCUGCUGAUCCAUUUUGAUAACUGGGAUGAGAGCUACGACUACUGGUGUGAAACAAGCAGCCCAUAUAUCCAUCCUGUCGGCUACUGCCAAGAAACUGGAACCCCACUGACAACACCACCUGGACACAGGGAUUCCAAAGCCUUCUCAUGGGAGAAAUACUUGGAAGAAACUAAUUCCCAAGCAGCCCCAGCAAGAGCCUUUAAACUGCGUCCUCCUCACGGAUUCCAGGUUAAUACGAAGUUAGAGGCUGUGGACAGGCGAAAUCCCAUCUUGAUAAGAGUGGCAACAAUCAUUGACAAAGACAACCAUCGCGUUAAGAUACAUUUUGAUGGCUGGGACCAUCACUACGAUUUCUGGGCGGAUGCAGACAGCCCUGACAUCCAUCCUGUAGGCUGGUGUGACAAAACUGGACACGCUCUGCAAGUCCCUCUAGGUGCUGAAGAUCCAGAGGGAGCAGUGGGACAGGCGUGUCCUACUCCGGGCUGCCAGGGGAUCGGGCACGUCCGGGGCCCCCGAUACGGAACACAUUACACCUUAGUUGGCUGUCCAUACUCUGAUGUGAACCUCAGCAGAGAAAACCUCUUACAGGACCGGCUGAGUGGGGAGAGACCGUCCCCUGGGAACAUCAUGCAGAAAGGCAGGAGGCUGGAGAGCCCUGGCCCAUUGCUGGGAGCAGGGGAGUCUUCUCAGGGUGACUCUUCACAACCCAGAAAAUCUGCACCAGACAGUGAAAAGUGGUGUCAAAGCAGCAUCCACACUCCAUCAGAGCAAUCGGAAGACAGUCGGGAGAGAGGCUGGGGAGAGGAGGAUUCCUCUGCAAACAUCAAAGCCACACCAAAAACGCUCGGGUGCUCACAUGCCUAUAUCAAGUUUCAGCUAGUGAAACAGGAAAGCAAUGGGAAAGGCACUGAUCUGGAUCUCCAGCAGGCCCUCCACCAGUCUAUCUUCAUGCCUUCCCUGGCCUCUAACCCGACCCACCGCCUCCAUCUCUUCUGGGAGCAGCACUGCAGGCUCUUGCCAGAGGUCUCGGGCCUGACAGCCAAACAAGUUGCCAAAUGGACUGUGGAGGAGGUGGUGAGCUUUAUCCAGCGUUUGCCUGGCUGCAAAGAGCAUGCAUCUGUGUUCAGGGAAGAGAUUGAUGGUGAGGCCUUCCUGCUCCUCAAGCAGAACGACAUCGUUAAAAUACUCAGCAUCAAGCUGGGCCCUGCCCUGAAGAUCUACAAUGCUAUCCUCAUGUUCAAGUCUGCAGAAGACAACUGAGAAGAGGUCUUUGGCAGAUCCAGGAGGAAUUGACAGCUGAUCUUCAGCUGUGAGCAUUACAACACGCUGGACAGGUGGAUUGGGACUCUGAUGUAUUUUAAGUAUAAUUUAGUAAAAAUGGUUUGAGGUUAUAAAAAUCCUGCCACAGUCUGGAAUAUGAGGCAGCUUCACUUCCAAGAAGAGGAUAUUAUUAUAUUUUGUAAUUGAAUUUGGUUUUGAUAUAUCAAUCUCUUUUUGAGAUCAAGAAGAAACCUCCAGUUCUAAGGGGAAUCCAGGGUAGCACUGGUGGAGCUGCAGGAGCAAGAAGAAAGUUUUGAGUAAAAGUGGCUUUGUGUCCAGUGAUAGUGCCUGAAAGACUGAGUGAUCACCAGCGAGAUUAAUGUGUUCUGUGUAAUAAGAGAGGAAAAAUAUGCACUUCCAAGCAAUUCCCCCGUAUCCUUCACUGCUGUGACUCAGGAGCUGACCUUUUCAGGACUGAUUGUUAAAUUCCAGUUUUUCAUACUGAUCCUGGUUGUUGUGAUACCCUUGGCUGCUGGGCUGCUUGUACCCUGGCAGGAAGGGAGCGUGGGCAGAGGGUUUCCAUCAGGGAUGACUUGCAUUGGUUCUGCCAGCAAGCAAAACGUCCUCAUUCCUGUCAUUCCCUGUCAGGAGGCAAGGGCAGUGCAGGUGGGCUUUGGUUAGGCAAAGAUCCCAUAAGGAUCUGAAGACAGAGAGAUGUAUUUUAGCU